AACAUGUUUUUAUUUUUUCUUACACGUGGGUGUAACAAAAUAUCUCAAUAUCUCAAAAAUGAUCAGUGCAUGAAAAACUAGGUUUUGCUCAAAUAAAUGAUCUUGUCCAGCUUGUAGAAGAUUAAUAUGCACAGCAACAAAAAACUAUUCAGUGGCGAUAAUGUGGCUGUGACCGAGUCUCGCGUUUCAUCGCGAGAUGUAAGGGUGCGGGAUUUCCCGUCGGUGGGCGGAGACUGGUCACAGCGGAGAGGAGUCGGUGUCCAGGUGUCUGCGUGCCGUGUCUCUCUCUCCCUCUGACGGCUACGCCUCACAGCGCCGCCCGGGUCUCGGUACGCAAGCGACGGGACGCGCCGCGGCUCCGUUGGACUCGGAGUGUCCGCCUCCGUUCUCCUCGCGUUCACGCGCAUAGUCGUCCCUACGGGGGAGGGGGAGAGGGGGCAGUGAGCUAGCCCCUCAACUGACUUCAAAGACAGAAAGCAACGUUUUUCACUGAGACCGAAGUUGCUGUGCGGCGGCGGAUGUCUCGGCGCCUCCCUCGCGGGUUGGAGGCCAGCUGGAGACGGGAGUCGGGUCGGUGCCAGCAGUGAUGCGGGCUUCGCUGGCCGGCUGCAGGAUGAGCGUGGGUGCGCUCCUCAACGGGCUGCUGGUCUCCGUGGUCGCCGCUCUGCUUUGGAAGUAUUCCAAGCUGAGUGAGCACGCCGCCCUGCUGGAGGAAGAGCUGCACAUGACGCGGCAGACCCAGGAGCUGUCGCAGGCCCACAUCGACUACCACGUCGCCCUGCAGGCCCUGCAGGAACACGGCACCCGCAUGGUCUGCACGGGCAAGAUGCACACCGACCGCGUCUGCCGCUUUGACUACCUCUGCUACUGCUCCGAGGCGGAGGAGUUUGUGUUCUUCCACUCCAACUCCUCGGUCAUGUUGCCAAACCUGGGCUCGAGGCGCUUCCAGCCGGCCCUUUUGGACUUGUCGUCAGUAGAGGAUCACAACACCCAGUACUUCAACUUCUUAGAGCUCCCGGCCGCUGCUUUGAAGUUCAUGCCUAAGCCUGUGUUCGUACCGGAUGUGACUCUGAUCCUGAACCGGUUUAAUCCAGACAACCUAAUGCACGUGUUCCACGAUGACCUGAUCCCGGCCUUCUACACUAUGAAGCAGUACUCGGACUUGGGCGACGAAGCGCGGUUGGUUUUUAUGGAGGGGUGGAGCGAGGGCCCUCACUUUGACCUCUACCGGCUUCUCAGCAGCAAGCAGCCACUGCUCAAAGAGCAGCUGAGGAACUUUGGGAAGCUCAUUUGUUUCACCAAAUCUUACGUGGGUCUGUCCAAGAUGACCACCUGGUACCAGUACGGUUUUGUUCAACCGCAGGGGCCCAAGGCCAACAUGCUGGUCUCUGGAAAUGAGAUCCGACAGUUUGCGAUGGCCCUGAUGGAGAAAAUGAACAUCACGAGGGUGGAGGAGGUGGAGAAGGACAGAGGGAGCGCCGAGGAUGAGAAGGAGAGGAAGGAGGAUUACGUCGUCGUGUUCAGCCGCUCGGCAACGAGGCUGAUUCUGAACGAAGCUGAGCUGAUCCUGGCGCUGGCCCAGGAGUUCCAGAUGAGAGUGGUCACGGUGUCCCUGGAGGACCAGCCCUUCCCCGCUAUCGUGCAGGUGAUCAGCGGCGCCUCGGCGCUGGUCAGUAUGCACGGCGCUCAGCUCAUCGCGUCGCUCUUCCUCCCCAGAGGGGCGACCGUGGUGGAGCUGUUCCCCUUUGCUGUGAACCCAGAGCAGUACACGCCCUAUAAAACCCUCGCCACCCUUCCAGGAAUGGACCUUCACUAUAUCUCCUGGAGGAACACUAAGGAGGAGAACACCAUCACCCACCCAGACAGAGCCUGGGAGCAGGGGGGCAUCGCUCACUUGGAGAAGGAGGAGCAAGAGCGCAUACUGGCAAGCGGAGAUGUCCCCAGGCACCUGUGCUGCCGCAACCCAGAGUGGCUCUUCCGUAUCUACCAGGACACUUUGGUGGACAUCCCCUCCUUCCUGGAGACCCUUAGAGAGGGCAUGAAGACAAAGCCCAGCGGGAAGAAGUCGAAGCCGGCCAGCACAGUCCACCCGGGCCGGGUGAGGGAGCCGCAGUGUCAGACCUCGGUACAAACCACCAACGAGGCUAAACUCACAGUUUCCUGGCAGAUCCCGUGGAAUCUGAAAUACUUAAAGGUGAGAGAGGUGAAGUACGAGGUGUGGAUUCAGGAGCAGGGAGAGAACACCUACAUGCCUUAUAUCCUUCCCCAGCAGAACUACACCUUCUCAGAAAACAUUAAGCCCUUCACCACCUACCUGGUGUGGGUCAGGUGUAUCUUCAACAAGAGCCUCCUGGGCCCCUUUGCAGACGUUCUCAUGUGUAGGACCUAAUGCAAACCCCACACCAGUUGACAAUCAAGCUGGGACAUACUGGCAUACUCUGCAGGAAUAAUGCUCCUCGGACGACGACAGGCGACGCAGAGACCAGCGGCGAGGGCCUAGACCACCGGGUCCGACCUCGGCCCCUAAUGAAUGGAAAGUACAUUGUACCCAUGAAAGAAAGUGCUUAACCACGUCCGGAAAAAAAAACAAAUCUGCAGAUUUAUUUAUGUGCAAAUUCUAUAUAACUUGAUUUUUAGUAUUGGUCAAAAGACUGUUUCUUUGUCUUUUUUUACACAAUGCAAUAUAAUGUUCCUGUGGAGAGUAGGAAGGAUUCUAGAAUAGUGUGUGUGUGACCCCAUGUGGCUGAGUUCACCUCACACUUCUCCAUUAUUUGCAGAAUCUAGCCCAAACCAAAGUUACAUUCUUCUGUCAUUCAUGACCUUCAUUACUUUGUUGUAGAUUGCUUAUACUUCUAAUGUUUACUAAAAUUUAAACAGUAGUAAAAUUCUGUGUUGCUUCGCAACUCAAGACAAUGACCCUUGUUAUUGACCCUGAAAGCAAAGCGAUGGGCAGUUUUAUUUCAUGGAGCAGUUGGUAAAAAACCUUGUUUUCAAAAGGGCCGUCUUUUCGUAAAUAUAACAGCACAAGUGUUUGUUUCCACAGGGCCCAGCCACGAAUAAUUAACCUCCAUUAUACUUCAUAUAUCAAUUAUUUUUCUCUAAUUGGAAGUAAUUCCAAGUGUUGUAAUUCUAAUUAGUGUGGGUAGUGAACGUAUUACGCCAGCUGUAAUUAGUGUAGCAUCAGUGUGCUGCUGGACACUCGGAUUGCACGGCAGCUUCAUUCAGAUAACAAAGUGUGUUGCUUCCAUUCCAUAAGAAUUCAAAUGAAAUUCCCAGCCCAGUUUUGCUUCACUCUCCUCAAAAGGUUCUGGUAGCUGCUGAGAAGAAAGUUGAACUUUUGAGAUUUAAACAACAGACAUCCAAAGUAGUUUUUUGGUGUCAUGUGUUCUAAUGAAGUGCUGCUUGUUGGUAGCUGGACUGAUUUCUCUUUGUGAUGACACUUGAAUAGGAGGUGUUAGUUAGUGGUGGUGGGGGGGGCUGCAAGUGAAGUUAAACAAAACCCUGCCACCAACAUGAUGUGUGAUAUUAUGCCAUUGAUACAGAGGUGUUGUGUUUUUACUGAGGUUGCUAUAUAACCAGUGUGUUCUCACUCCCAACUCAGUGAAUAUUGGGGGUGGGGGGUUAUCGUGAGACUGUGGUGGGUAGAUUGGUCCGGAAGCAUGUGCUCCAGUAAGUCCCACAUACGGGAUGAAGACGCAUGUCAGACGGCAGUGACCUUAUGUCAAACCCAUAAGCGACCUCCACCCAGGAGACGCCUGUUCUCGUCCUGCGUGAAAUCAGCAUUGGCUUAUUUAAACUUAUUUUAUGGGUGAAGUACUUAUUAAAACCCCAAAAGGGACACAGGGACGAGUCGGGGGUGAGAACGUGUUGCUAUGAACCAAUCGUCUACCUCACACUUCCUCUCGUCAUGUUUGACUGUGUGCCUCUACCUGACAUCUUACUUUUUAUUUUUUUGAAGUUCUCAAAUGCAGUUGUGUUUCCCAAUGCAUGUUUUAGAAGAUCAUUUGAAGCCAUUGUUGUGUGAGCAGGAUGUGAUGGAUUAGAUUGUUACUUAGAUUAGUGUGUGGAGAUGUUGUACUGUGUUUGCUAAGUUAAAGGAGAGAGUACAAGCCUGUUUUCUACUUUAGCAAAAAGUUUCUUGUUCAGUAACUGUGAUUGAAUAAAGAAGCUCUUUUCCUACAGUA